AUGGGUGGGGACCCAAGGCAGAUGAUGGAGGAUGCGGCGGAGGACAAGUUCCCGGAGGGGUUACGCAUCCUCGCCGUGGACGACGACAGCGUCUGCCUCAAGGUGCUAGAGGACCUGUUGCGCGGGUGCAAAUACUACCCAACGACGGUGAUGGAUGCAAAGACGGCGCUGAAGAUGCUCAGGGCGGGGAAGGAGGUGUUCGACCUGGUCAUCACCGACGUGUGCAUGCCGGACAUGGACGGCUUCAAGCUCCUCGAGCUCAUCCGCCACGAGAUGGAUCUGCCCGUCAUCAUGCUAUCUGCAGAUUGCGACAAGAAGGCUGUGAUGAAGGGGAUAAAGCAUGGGGCGUGUGAUUAUUUGGUUAAGCCAGUGCAUAUAAACGAGCUAAAAAACAUAUGGCAGCAUGUUGAAAGCAGGAGAAAUACCGAAGCAAUAAGCCACAUCAGCGAGGAUGAUGAUGACGAUCAGAGAGCACAACUUGGGACUGCUGCCCACAGCAAUGAUGGAGCUAAUACUGACGAGAACAAAGAGAGCAGACAGGCAUCCACUACCCAGAAGAAGCUAAGAGUGGGAUGGACAAUUGAGCUGCAUACAAAGUUUAUGGAUGCUAUCAACCAGAUCGGCCUUUAUAGGGCUACUCCAAAGAAGAUUCUCGAGCUGAUGAAUGUGGAUUACCUCACUAGACAAAAUGUAUCGAGUCAUCUACAGAAGUAUAAAUUGUACUUGAAAAGAGUCAACCCAAAUCCACUUGGUGAUGCAUGUGUAAGAUGGAACUCUUUCAUGAACAUUCCAGAGAGUUUUAUGCACAACCAUGAACAUGAAAGGUGGGUUGUGUCCUCAGGUGGCAUCGCCUCCUGGAGUCCCAACAAUUACGGGGUAGCAGGUCACUUAGGCCAGCAUACAAACACUCAGAGUAGUAUGUGCAUGAGUUAUUUGGUUCCACAGAUGCCCAAUAUGAGAAGAUUUUCUGGCUUGAAUGAGCAUAUAGUUCCAUUCAACAUGCCUAGCAACCCAAGCUAUAUAGGGAUGUUGAAUGCAAACAGCAGUGUUCCAAUGGCACAACCUCAGUUCGUUUACAGCGACCCCAUCACUACAUUAGUGGCAGGCUUAAGUGAGCAGAUGUCGCCGUUCAACAUAGCAAGCGACACGGGCUCGGUUGGAAUGAUGUUAAAUGGCAAGUCUGCACCAGGUACAGGAAGAACUUCAAUGGCGGAGACUGAUAUGGUUAACUAUGAAGGAACUAGUUCUGCACUUUCCAACCAUCAGACAGAUGGUUUCGUCCCAUUGAGCCAGAUGCAUCAUGUCGGUGAUGUAGCUGGCAUUCUCCAUGUGCAAGAAGGAACAAUGGAUGAACAAGCUCUUAGUCGUCAACUGAAUGGCAUCAAUGUCUUGUCAUCGGGUGGUAUUUCCAACCUUCUUAAUGAAGAUUUCAUUGGAGAGGAUGAUGUCAUGGAUGGAUAG